AUGUUUAUUGGGCGGAUCGAUCUGGUAUGGUGUGCGAGUAGACGUUGGCUGUCCCGACGGCGGAAAGGCUGGAUGGUGGUUGCCGGAUGGCGGUGGCCGGAUGGUGGGGGCCGGAUGGUGGUGGCCGGAUGGUGGGGGCCGGAUGGUGGUGGCCGGAUGGCGGUGGCGGUGGCCGGAUGGCGGUGGCCGGAUUACGGUUGCCGGAUUUCGGCGGCUGGAUUGCAGCGGUCGGAUUUCGGCGGUUGGAUUGCAGCGGUUGGAUUGCAGCGGCCGGAUUGCGACGGCCGGAUUGUGGUUGCCGGAUGGCGGUGGCCGGAUGGCAGCGGCCAGAUUGCGACGGCCGGAUUGCGGCGGCUGGAUUGCGGCGGCUGGAUUGCGGCGGCCGGAUUGCGGCGGCCGGAUUGGAUAUCAACCCGGUUGAUCAUCUUCUUGAUGCUAGCGGCAGGAACAGGGUUCGAACCGGGUGCAGUGACAGCGAUAACCAUCACAACGACGGACGCCAUGCUGGAAUCGACACAGACGACCAUCGCGGCCGAUAUGAUGACCGGGCUGGGUGGCGAAGCGACGGUCAGCGAAAAAUCCGACCUGGUCGAGGCAGAAACAAAAGAUCCAAAAAAGCUGGAGAUUAUCAAGCAGAUCAGGAAGUUCAACAACGACGGCUCGUACACGGUGGGCUACGAGGCGGACGAUGGCACCUUCAAGAUUGAGAGUCGAGAUGUGCUGGGCAAUGUCAAGGGGACCUAUGGGUUCAUUGAUGAAAAUGGAGCGAUUCAGAGGGUUUCGUACAAUACACAUAACAAUACUGGGAUCAAAAGUGCGACCCCUCCUCAGGUAACAGAAGAUGUGGUCCAUAUUCCACCUAAGUUCAAUCGGAGUCACAUUGGUGCACCAACGACGAGAAGACCUCCAUCCUAUCAUUCCAGCACUUCUGCUCCACAACGAACGAGCGUGAUCCAGACAAUUCCAAGAAAGCGACCACACAUGACUUCAACGACGGAAAAACCUACAUCGAGAAUGGUAGAUACUACCAGUUCGUACGAACCAACGACCGCUUCCAGUCAUAGCACUUCGGUGCACACAUCGAAACCUCUGUUGAUCAUUCGCCCAACACCGCUGCCAUAUUCAGCGAAAACAAUCGAACAGCUGGCAAGGCCUGACAAACUGGAGAGUGAACACAUAUCCAAGAUCUACCCGAAGGCUUCUCCGUUAAGGCAGAAGGAACCGGAAAAGAAGCCAGUUCGGGGAAAUUUCCUACGACGACAGUUGCCACAAGACUCCGAAGAAGAGUUUGAAGCACAACAGCAGGUUGUAUAUGGCCAAUCAGCUGGCGAAGAGAUUGCCAGUCUAUUCUCGGCAACUCCACCCGGGCUGAGACCAAUCUACUCGACUACUCCAAAUCCCAGAAUUCCUGCUGCAGUGCUGGCAGCUCGCCAAAGAGCGGCUCAAAUUCAGAGCCUAAUCACCAGCGAACGGCCUUCUACCACCACAGAACGAGUCUACGCCAAACCCCCUCGCAAGCAUGAGCCAGCUCCAGUUAUGUACGAGCCAGCUACGGAGCCAUCGUCAGAAACUAGCUAUGUCACCGAAAUGCCAGUAUCCGUAGUUCAAAUUCCCGCAAACUCAAACCGAGAGGUCACGGAAGCUGCUGAAGACGAACGAAGAGUCUACCGGCAGCGACCGAUUGAAUUCCGACCUCGGGAGGGAUAUCGCUACUCACCGGCUCAAGAUCGAGCUGAAAGAUACCGCGUGCCACUAGGAAUCCCAUCACAAGGUCGAGCCUUCCCAAUACCUGACCAGCAGCAACAAUAUCUACGAGAGCCAACGCAAAUCCCCGGUCGAGGACAUCAAAUUGCUCCGGAAAACUAUCCAGCAGAAGACGAAAUCAACAACGUAGCAUACCGGCAACAACGUCGACCACAGGGUCCUCCACCUGCUCCGUACACCCAAACUCAACAGGAGGCUCCCGUUAACAACGUACAAAACGGUCACAGUUAUCCACAGCAGUCUUACCCUGUACCAUACUCCUAUAACCCCUAUCGAAACCAGUACCAAAACCCUGUCAACCCGUACUACGACUUCCCUGACCGUCCUCUAACAACCCGUGACUUUGAACGAAUCCUACAAAUACUCAUCUUCCGACACCAACAGGUUCAACAACAGCAAGCCUUCCGAUUCGGAGGUUAUUCCAAUCCCUACUACGGUGGCCCAUCCUCCUACGCACCACCCUUCAUUCCAGGACAAUUUGCCGGAGCUGGUGGUUACCCGGCACAGAUUCCCCGACCUCCAUUCUACAAUGCAGCCCCGACCGGAGCAGGCUAUUUCGAUCCACGCUAUCAAAACCCCCUCUACAGUCCCUCGAACAGCAACCGGCAGUACUCCGGUGCAGGUCAACAAACUUCCACCGCCGACUACCAGCAACCUCAGGAGCUGCAAGGAGCCUACGGACAACGACGGCGGCAGUACAACCCACGGAUCGAUCCCGACUUCCAGGGAACGUCCGGAGCCGCAGGCCACAUUCAACCGGAGCUUAUUCCCCCGGAUGUACGGGAAGAACUGCUCUACCGGAUGCUGAUGUUGGCGAUUCAACCGGAACCGGCAUCACAGGGAUUCAACGGGAAUUUGAUUCCAGCCGGAUCGGUCCCGAGGCCACAGACGACGUCCGCUACGCCAAGCUACAGUAAGAAACCGGUGCGGAGUGUACAAAUUCUGGGAGAGGAGUAG